AUGUCAAAUUGGACUCGUGGCUUAUAUCAUUUACGGAAAGAGCCAACUGGCCUGAACCCUGCAGCGCGGAUUAUCGGCAGCGAAAUGGUCGUAAGACGAACUCAAAGAGAGGCCACCAACAUCUUCUCCACGGACCGUUUCAGAAAUUAUAUCGAGGCCACUACUCGCUUUCACGACAGACGCUCUGCCGGUGACCCAUCCGAGCCAAAAGUUAAUGCUGUCCGAAAGCCGCAGGUCGAUCGUGGCAGAGCGUCAUUUACCCGAUUAACGUGUCCCGCCAGUGCAAGUCAGCCAAUGAUGAUGCCAAAUGAUUGGUAA